AUGGCCACCAUCCAGUCAGAGACUGACUGUUACGACAUCAUCGAGGUACUGGGCAAGGGCACCUUCGGAGAGGUGGCCAAGGGCUGGCGUCGUAGCACAGGUGAAAUGGUGGCCAUCAAGAUCCUGAAGAAUGACGCAUACCGAAGCCGCAUCAUCAAGAAUGAGUUGAAGCUGCUAAGGUGUGUACGAGGCCUGGACCCUGACGAGGCCCACGUCAUCCGCUUUCUUGAGUUCUUCCAUGAUGCCCUCAAGUUCUACCUGGUCUUUGAGCUACUGGAGCAAAACCUUUUCGAGUUCCAGAAAGAGAACAACUUCGCACCCCUUCCUGCCCGCCACAUCCGCACCGUCACACUGCAGGUGCUGAGAGCACUGGCCCGGCUCAAGGAGCUGGCCAUCAUCCACGCUGACCUCAAGCCUGAAAACAUCAUGUUGGUGGAUCAGACCCGCUGCCCCUUCAGGGUAAAGGUGAUCGACUUCGGCUCGGCCAGCAUAUUCAGUGAGGUGCGCUAUGUGAAGGAGCCAUAUAUCCAAUCCCGUUUCUAUAGGGCCCCAGAGAUCCUGCUGGGGCUGCCCUUCUGCGAGAAGGUGGACGUGUGGUCUCUGGGCUGCGUCAUGGCCGAACUACACCUGGGCUGGCCUCUCUACCCCGGCAACAAUGAGUAUGACCAGGUGCGCUACAUCUGUGAGACACAGGGCUUGCCCAAGCCCCAUCUGCUGCACGCCGCCCGCAAGGCUCACCAUUUCUUCAAGCGGAACCCCCACCCCGAUGCCACCAACCCCUGGCAGCUAAAGUCCUCAGCCGACUACCUAGCUGAGACCAAGGUGCGCCCUCUGGAGCGCCGCAAGUACAUGCUCAAAUCCUUGGACCAGAUUGAGACGGUGAAUGGUGGCGGGGCUGUAAGUCGGUUGAGUUUCCCAGACCGGGAGGCACUGGCGGAACACGCAGACCUCAAGAGCAUGGUAGAGCUGAUCAAGCGCAUGCUAACAUGGGAGUCUCAUGAACGCAUCAGUCCUAGCGCCGCCCUGCGCCAUCCCUUCGUGUCCAUGCAGCAGCUGCGUAGUGCCCACGAGGCCACCCGCUACUAUCAGCUGUCACUUCGCGGCUGUCGUCUGUCCCUGCAGGUGGAUGGCAAGCCACCCCCGCCUGUCAUAGCCAACACAGAGGAUGGGCCUCCCUACUACCGCCUGGCUGAGGAGGAGGACACUGCAGGCCUGGGUGGCGUGGCAGGCAGUGGGCCCUUCUUCAGGGAGGAGAAGGCUCCGGGAAUGCAGAGGGCCAUCGACCAGCUUGAUGACUUGAGUCUGCAGGAGGCCAGGCGCGGGCUGUGGAGUGACACACGGGCUGACAUGGUCUCUGACAUGCUGGCUCCACUCAAAGUAGCCAAUGCUGGCCAUCGAGUCUCUGAUUCGGGCCCGGAGCCUAUCCUGACUGGCCGCCACAAAGCCCGCAAGCCCCCCUCGGGCUCCAAAUCUGAUUCCAACUUCAGUAAUCUCAUCCGGCUAAGCCAGGCCUCACCAGAGGAUGCCGGGUCCUGUCGGGGCAGUGGCUGGGAGGAAGGAGAAGGACGAGAGACCUCCACAGAGCCAUCUGUCAUCCCACAACGGGAUGGAGAUGGGCCCAGCAUCAAAGACAGGACCAUGGAUACUGAGAGGUCAGGCCCUGAGCUCUUCGAUCCUGGCAGCUGUCCUGGAGAGUGGCUGAAUGAGCCAGAAUGGAGCCUAGAGGGCAUCCGAGGGUCUCGACCUCAAGGGCUCCCCGCCCGUCAUCCCCACCCGCAUGGGCCACCCAGGCCCACUAGCUUUCUGCAGCAUGUUGGAGGGCACCACUGA